AUGGGAAUUAUCCAGAGCAGCAGCAGCAGAGGAAACGAUGAAGGUGAAACCCCAAGAAGCUUUUUUUUCAUCUACAAAGCUUUAAGGGGCCUAUGGCGGAAAGUUUUUUCCAUAUUUGGUCGUACAAAGCCGUUACUCCCGCUUCAGAAACCGGCAUCAAGCAUUACCACCAAGCCCUUACUGGUUGCUAAAACCCCUCACAUUUCUCCACCAACUAGGAAAUUUUAUAAUCCGGCAUCAAGCAUAAGCACCGAGCCCUUACUGGUUGCUAAAACCUCUCACAUUUCUCCACCAACUAGGAAAUUUUAUAAUCCGGCAUCAAGCAUAAGCACCGAGCCCUUACUGGUUGCUAAAACCCCUCACAUUUCUCCACCAACUAGAAAAUUUUAUGAUGAAAAUUUGAAGUGUGAUAGUGAAGAUCAUGUGGUGGUGUGCGUACACCAGUCCUCAAACUCGGUUGUUUCUGUGAAAGAAAAUGUUUCAAGAAAUGGCAUUGCUCUGAUAAAAAACUCAUCAGAAGAAGAAGAUGAUGUAAUAGUAGUUGAGAAGAUAAAGAGAGCUAUUAGUGUGGUGCUGGAAGAGAGGUGGAUUAAGCACUACAGCAGCGGGCAUCGAAUACUGUUGGUCGGAGAGGGGAAUUUCUCCUUCUCCGCUUGUCUCGCGCUGGAGUUUCGCAGCGCUCCUAACAUCAUCGCAACAUCUCUAGAUUCCCAAGCAUUUCUGAAGAGGCAUUAUGACAAGAGUAUACACAACAUUGAGGAACUAAGGAGGAGAGGAAGCAAGGUGAUGCAUGGGAUCGAUGCCACUACAAUGGCUAAGCAUCAACUGCUCGGACAACUUAGGUUCGAUCGCAUCAUUUUCAACUUUCCCUACGUUGGGCUGCAUACUAUCAAGAAUUUACCGCGCCAAUCUCAACUUGCACUUCACCAGGAACUUGUGAGGGAGUUCCUGGAGAACGCAAGAGAGAUGAUAGGGGAAAAUGGGGAGAUUCACAUAACACACAAGACCAACGGUUUCCAUAGAGAAUGGGGGCUCGUGUCGCUUGGUCGCGGCUGCGGGCUCAGGCUCAAGGAGGAAACCAAUUUCAACCUUGUGGAUUAUCCAGGCUACAACACUAAGUAUGGAUUUGGAGGUAAUGGAGAUUUCAAUUGCUACCCCAGCAAAACCUACAAAUUCCGACUCUAAUAUUUACAUAUUUUCUUGCUUGUACGUGUACGUGUAAAUAUAUGAAUUCCCAAACGAACCCCAUAUCAUGCUACUGCAUAUUUCAAUCCA